GACUGAUAAUGAUCUGGAAUAUAUUGGUUCACCUGAUUAUCCAUUACCAUUAUCAAAGGAAACUAUACAAAAUUUUCAAGGUAGGUUUUAUGCAUUACGUAAUGACAUUAUUUACUCUGAAAAUGAAUUUAAAGAAUUAGAGACAGCAUAUUAUGAAAUAUGUAAAGAGCUUGAUGAGACAAAGUUGGGACUUAAUAAUAAAUUUAUUAAUGGGUUGAAAGCAGAAGUAGGGCUUUUGCUAGAUGCAUCUGGAAUGUCAUCAUCUGCAAUAGAAAAAUUGGCAAAUGCAGGUUUGACUGUAAGAUGUGAAACAAUCACAAGACAUAAAACUCAACAUGCAAAAUCACAUUCAUCAACA